AUGGCUGAUGAGACUACCGAAAUAUUAUAUGUUGGUGGGAUUCAUGAAACGAUAGAUAAAAAAUGUUUAUAUGAUAUAUUUUCUUCAUUUGGGGACAUAAGGAAUAUUGAAAUACCAAUGAAUUUAGUUACAAACAAGAAUAGAGGAUUUGCAUUCAUUGAAUAUGUAGAGAAGAAUGACGCAAAGCAUGCUUUGUAUAAUAUGAACAAUUUUGAAUUAAACGGAAAAAUAAUAACAGUAAAUUAUUCCAGAACUAAGAAAAUGGAUCAAUAUAAACCAGUAUGGAUUGAUGAAUUGUACAACCAAGAGCAAAUGAGAUUGAUAGAAGAGGGCACUUCAAAUGUGGAAAAGGAAGAAAAAGACGCACCUCAAGAAGAAGAAUAG